ACACCACGUCCGUCGGCAGCAGCCGAAGUCGAUAAACGGACCGCCGAAAGCACUUCACCCGAACCCGUUCCGACUACAACCGGCCCGUUAUCGUCAAGCCCUUCGGCUACGGACACCGACUCAUAUUGGACAUUUUCACAGGCACGACACCCAUCUAAGACUUCAGGAAUCCCAUUGUCACUAUGUCGGCCAAGAACUUAUUAACUCCCGAACUCCAGGAAGACGAGUAUGAAGAUGAUAAAGAUUCGUCGCUGGGCGAGGACGACUCGAGUUCGACUGCUUCGCUAUCAAGCAGCAUCUUAGAGUACCGCACGAUCCACGGGCGAAGGUAUCACAGCAAAAGUUGGGGAGAUACCGACUAUUGGACGCCUAACGAUGAAAUACAAGCAAAUUCCAUGGACCUUACCCAUCACACGCUCACACUACUACUACACGACAGGAUAUUCCUAGCCCCCAUCGGCGACGACCCUAGGAAAGUCCUAGAAGUCGGAUGUGGAACAGGACCCGGUACAGGAAUCUGGGCAAUCGACUUCGCAGACGCCUUCCCGCACUGCGAAGUAAUCGGCACCGACAUAUCACCAACCCAACCAUCCUGGGUCCCGGGCAACCUGCGUUUCGAAAUGGACGACUUCAACCUAACCCCAUGGACCUUCCAGCCCGCCUCCUUCGACUUCGUACACAUGCGGUAUCUCUGCGGGGCAGUCCGAAACUGGGACGCGGUAUACGCCGAAGCCUUCCGGGCAGUGCGCCCCGGCACAGGCUGGGUCGAAACCCUAGAACCCGCUCUGCGCAUCCGCAGCGACGACGGCAGUGUCUGUGAAGGCGACGGGUCGGCGCUCGCGGCCUGGGGCCCGUUAUUCGAGGAGGGCGCUAGGCGGUACGAGAACAGGAACAGGGUCCCGGGGAGUGCGAACUCGGGGCCCUCGAGGCCGAUGAAUUUCGUCGAAGACGGGACGAUGGAGGGCGCGUUCCGGCGCGCGGGGUUCGUCGAUAUCGUUACGCAUACGAUCAAGUGUCCGCUUACGCCGAAUUCGAAUGAUCCGCAUCUGAGAGAGGUAGGGUUGUAUGCGCAUGCCACGAUGGAGGAGGGCAUGGAGGGUUUUCUACUUUAUCUCUUCACGCAAGGUUUGGGCUGGACCCACGAGCAAGUCAUCCUCUAUCUAAGCCGCGUACGCAAGGAGCUGCGCGACAGGCGGAAAUCGCCAUAUUCACUAGUCAAGGUCAUAUACGGCCGGAGGCCCGAGGGUAGUUAAUUGAUCAUUUUCAACUUGAAGAUAAUAUAGGAAAGGAAUAUGGGCGUAUGCAUGAUAUACCUCGGGUUAUUCGAUGGUAAUACAAUCCCCUUUGUCCAGCAUCUAGCAUAGCGUAUUUAUAAAGACAGAUGUAUAGUAGAGGCGCCCAGCAUAUUUAGACGCGGUAUGUAUAAUAUAAAUCGCAA